AUGACUGAAGCUCGAGCUGCAACGGAUGCGUCGCCGCCAUCUAUCACCUCGCAGGUUGAUGAGUCCUUCUCCAAGCCUCGUCCACGCGCUCCCCGGAGUCCCGCUCAAGCGGCCCAGGUUCGGAAGACAAACCGGCGGCAAGAGUUUUUAGAACGACAUCCGUCCUACUUCGACUCUUUGGAGCACGAGCUAGCCGAUCCAAUCCUCUAUGACAAGCUGAUCCGUCGCUUCCAAACGGCACAAGAGCGGGAGAAGGAAGGCAAAACGAAGGGGUACUCCAGAGUUCUCGAGGUUGAUUUACUGCGCGGGGAGGCAAAAUUAUCGCAGCUCGCAGCCGAAGGGAAUGGAGAGCGAAACGAAUCGUCUCACACACCCUCAGAUUCCUUCAGCCUAGGUCUGAGGACGCCCACAGCCGAGCCAGAGACCAAGGAGGAAGGGCGCGAGCGAUGGAACAGCUUCCUGAGAGAGCGUUUCACCUCUGGCCAAGAUGAAGACUUUGACUACGACACCGUGGAUGCAGACGACUCUCUCGAUGUGUUGGAAAGACGUGACGAGGAAGAGGCUUGGUUCAAUGACGAGGCACCUGGCUGGGCAAGCGACGGGAAAGACGAAUUCACGACGGACAGAAAACAACUUCAAGGCGAGACUGGUAUCCAGGAUUUCUGA